GCAGGAUGAGAGUGAACGAGAGCGAGCUGAACAGCUCCGUCCUCCCGCGGGACCCGCCGGCCGAGGGCGCCCCGCGCCGCCAGCCCUGGGUGACCUCCACUUUGGCCGCCAUCCUCAUCUUCACCAUCGCGGUGGACCUGCUGGGCAACCUCUUGGUCAUCCUGUCCGUGUACCGCAACAAGAAGCUGCGGAACGCGGGAAAUGUGUUUGUUGUAAGCCUGGCAGUUGCAGACUUGAUAGUAGCUAUCUACCCUUAUCCACUGGUCCUCACAUCUGUGUUUCACAACGGAUGGAAACUGGGAUACCUACACUGCCAGAUUAGUGGCUUCUUGAUGGGCCUAAGUGUCAUUGGAUCAAUCUUCAAUAUUACAGGCAUCGCUAUCAAUCGGUACUGCUAUAUCUGCCACAGCCUCAAAUAUGACAAGCUGUACAGCGACAGGAAUUCACUGUGCUAUAUUGUCCUCAUUUGGGUCCUAACAUUUGUCGCUAUCGUGCCCAACCUGUUUGUGGGAUCGCUGCAGUACGACCCCAGGAUUUACUCCUGUACAUUUGCACAGUCUGUGAGCUCAGCAUAUACGAUAGCAGUUGUGUUUUUCCAUUUCCUGCUCCCCAUAGCCGUGGUUACUUUCUGUUACUUGCGAAUAUGGAUCCUCGUUAUCCAGGUAAGGCGAAGGGUUAAACCGGAUAACAACCCGAGGCUGAAACCACAUGACUUCAGAAACUUUGUAACCAUGUUUGUGGUAUUUGUACUGUUUGCAGUCUGCUGGGCUCCCUUGAACUUUAUAGGCAUUGCAGUGGCUGUCAACCCAAAAACUGUAAUCCCUAGGAUUCCAGAGUGGUUGUUUGUGUCUAGUUAUUACAUGGCAUAUUUCAACAGCUGCCUUAAUGCUAUAGUAUAUGGACUCCUGAACCAGAACUUCAGAAGAGAAUACAAGAGAAUUAUUGUCAGUUUUUGUACAGCAAAAGUUUUUUUCCAGGAUAGUUCUAAUGAUGCAGGAGACAGAAUGAGAAGCAAACCUUCUCCACUGAUUACAAACAACAAUCAAGUGAAAGUGGACUCUGUCUGA